AUGACUACCCCCACGUGCGCGUUGUUCGUGCGGUUAGUCGCCAUAGCGCUGACGGUGAUCGUGUUCGGGACGCCGCCGCGGUCGUGCGCCCGAGCGGACGAAAUCGAGGAUGUCGCCGAUUUCGUGCAGUUAGUGUUGGCGGCGGCCGACCGCGUCGAGCUCGGGCUCCCGGACCGCUCGUCGGCCGACGUACGGCGGUACGGGCCGGUCGUCGACGGUCAAUUGCCGCCCGAGCAGCGACGGUACCUGGAAAAACUGGUGAGCGUCUCGUCGGCAGCCGACCCGCAGACGCUGAUCGCCAUGGUGUGGGACGAUUCGCUCAUCGUAGACGAGGACCAAGAACCGCACAGCGUAUUCGACCAGUUCCCCGGUAACAACGGUUACGAUAAAGCGAAACGCCGACGGGCGCCGCAGAUCAAGACGGCAUAG